ACUUUACAACGGACAAAGCCAGCCUCAAUCACAGAGCAAAAUGAUCUGUUCACACUUCAAAAAAUCAUAACUUUUUUCAGACAAAAUGUUAAAUGUUUUCAACAUUUGGAUAUAAAAAGUUUAAAAAUUUGUGGAAAAAUUUGAGUUCAUUUGAGUUGAUGAACUGUUAGGGUUCUUGGGUUUUGUUGUUCUUGGUUUUUGAUCUGUUUGUUUUUGAGUUUUGUUGAAAAGAAUUGUUUUUAUGCUAUAAAGAAAGAACCCCAGAAAGAAAGUUUUGAUUUUUAUUUGUGUUGUUUUGAUUUGGGGUUGAAAUGAAACGAGCCAAGUUCGACUCUAUAAUGUCAGUGAGUCGACUCAGAUCGAUUCAAGUUUUGAUGGGUUUGUUGUUUGUGUAUUUUUUCUUGGUUACUUUGGAAAUACCUUUGAUUUCUAAACUUGGGUUUGGUUUAGAAUCGUAUGAACUUAUGUCUACACCUUUUGAUAAUAAUUCCAAGUUUAGCAGGCUUAAUAGUGUUGGUGAGUUGAGUGGUUCGAGUCAAGAUUCAGUUUUUCCUUCAAGGGUUAUGUCAAGGAGAGCUAAAAUGGGGUUUUCAUUACCUCAUAGGAAGAUGGUAGAGUUUAAGAGAAUUUCAGGUUUGGUUUUUGAUGAGAAGGUGUUUGAUAGUUUUGAUAAGGAAGAGUUUUCUGAGCUGCAUAAGGUUGUUAGGGAUGCUUUUGUAGUUGGGAAGAAACUAUUUCAGGAUAUUGAAUCGGGCAAAGUUCAGGGGGAGGUAGUGAGUGGGACUCAGAACCGGACUGAGUCGUGUCCUGAUUCGGUGUCUUUGUGGGGUAGUGAGUUUGUAGCUGGUGGGAAAAUUAUGGUGAUACCUUGUGGAAUGACUUUAGGGUCUCAUAUAACAGUAGUGGGGACGCCUCGGUGGGCUCAUGAAGAGAAGGAUCCUAAGAUUACAUUGGUGAAGGAUGAUGAUGAGACUGUGAUGGUUUCACAGUUUAUGAUGGAAUUGCAAGGAUUGAAGACAGUUGAUGGAGAGGACCCUCCAAGAAUACUGCAUUUCAAUCCGAGGUUGAAAGGGGAUUGGAGUGGAAGGCCAGUGAUCGAGCAGAAUACGUGUUAUAGGAUGCAGUGGGGGUCUGCGAUGAGGUGUGAUGGUUGGAAAUCCAAGCCUAGUGAGGACACUGUGGACGGACAGGUGAAAUGUGAGAAGUGGAUACGUGAUGAUGAUGAUCACUCUGAAGAAUCAAAGGCCACAUGGUGGUUGAAGAGACUGAUUGGUGGGAGGACAAAGAAGGUUUCAAUUAACUGGCCAUACCCUUUUGUAGAGAACAAGUUGUUUGUACUUACUGUCAGUGCUGGUUUAGAAGGUUAUCACAUCAAUGUAGAUGGGAGACAUAUUACUUCCUUUCCUUAUCGCACUGGUUUUACUCUUGAGGAUGCGACGGGUCUGUUUGUUAACGGGGAUAUUGACGUGCAUUCUGUAUUUGCUGCUUCAUUACCUUCAACACAUCCAAGUUUUGCUCCACAGAGGCAUUUAGAAAUGUUACCCAAGUGGCAAGCUCCGCCACUUCCCGAUGAACCUGUAGAGCUUUUUAUUGGCAUCCUUUCUGCAGGCAAUCAUUUUUCUGAGAGAAUGGCCGUGAGAAAAUCUUGGAUGCAGCAUCCAUCACUUAAGUCAACAAAUGUUGUAGCCCGUUUUUUUGUGGCAAUGCAUGGAAUAAAAGAGAUAAAUGUGGAGCUGAUGAAAGAAGCAGAAUUUUUUGGUGAUAUAGUAAUAGUCCCUUACAUGGACAAUUACGAUCUUGUUGUAUUGAAGACAGUAGCAAUUUGUGAGUAUGGGGUCCGUACGGUCACAGCGAAGUAUGUAAUGAAAUGUGACGAUGACACAUUUGUAAGGAUUGAUGCUGUAAUGAAGGAAGUUAAGAAAGUCCCUAGUGGUAGAAGCCUGUAUGUUGGUAACAUCAAUUACUACCAUAAGCCCCUUCGACAUGGUAAAUGGGCAGUCACUUAUGAGGAAUGGCCUGAAGAAGAUUAUCCACCCUAUGCCAAUGGGCCUGGUUACAUCAUCUCAUUUGACAUUGCAGAGUACAUAGUUUCCGAGUUUGAGAAACAUAAGCUAAGGUUGUUUAAGAUGGAGGACGUGAGCAUGGGAAUGUGGGUAGAACAAUUCAACAGUUCCAGGCCCGUAGAGUAUGUGCAUAGCUUGAAGUUCUGUCAGUUUGGGUGCAUUGAUGAUUAUUACACUGCACAUUAUCAAUCUCCAAGGCAAAUGAUCUGCCUGUGGAGAAAGUUGCUGAACCAAGGGAAACCUCAGUGCUGUAAUGUGAGAUGACAAGGCAUGCAUACCCUGUCAGCUAGUGUUAGGCAACUCUGAAAAGGAAACGAGACAAGAUAGAUGCCAAGGCGCGCAUACCCUGUUAGCUAGUGUUAGGCAACACGGAAAAGGAAGCGAGACAAGAUAAGUUCCUGGGAAGAGCUUGUACAUAUAGCUCGAGUAAAUUAGCCUAUCGUGCUAUAAUUAUAUUUACUUCAUUCAUUCUUUUGUUGGAGCGCCAGUCUUGUACCCCAGGCUAGUUGACACGUCAGUCUCGUUAAACUGUAUGAAAACAAUGACAGCUUAAGCUCUUAUAUAUGAAAUUCAAGGGUGAAUGGCUCAUUUUCAA